AUGGUAAAGCCAUAGCAGCUGCAGCCAGUAGAUUACAUUUAGGAUUCUUUCACUAGCUCUCCUUCUCUCUCGCUCUGAAAGUCAUUCACUUCCUCUCUCUAUAGGAAACAAGGUUUUGAAGAAAAAAUGGAAAAUGGGGUGGAGAGAGUUGUUGUGGAAGAGAAAUCCAAUGUGGGAAAUGAGGGUUUUGGGGUUAAGGUAGAGGAGGAGAGAAUUGUGGUGGGGUCUGAUGAAUCGAAAGAUUUGGAAGAUGAGGUUUUUGAGGAGGCAAUUGAGUCACAUGAGCACUUGCAGGAGGUAGAGGAGGAGGAGGAGGGAAUAAAAGUUGAGUCAGUUGGUUUUGUUGAGAGUAUUGGUGAGUCGAGUCCAGCAUUUGACGAUGAGAAUCUGAAUCUAGGAAAUGAGGCUGAGAAAUUCAAGGAGGUGAUUUUUGUUCCUGCUGAGAGUGGGAAUCCAGAGGAGCUAGGUGGAGUGGUUGGUGAAGAGAAGGUAGAGGAUUUGGUGGGUGGAGAUAGUGUUGAUAAGAUUGACGAGGGAGGGACUGCAAAGGAAGCUGCGAGCAAUGAAUCAAGUGGAGGAGGGGUUGCUGAGAUUAUUGACAAUGGAGGAACAGAGGUUUUGAAGGCUGAGGAUGAAGGUGAGGUGGAUUCUAAGCGGGAAACUGAAUUGAGUGAGGAGAUUCUGCCCAAGGAUGAUGAGAAGAAGGUAAAGGAGGAGGAUGAGUGGAAUAUUGAAUAUCAGGCGACAAGUGACAAUUCUGUUAAGAUUUCAGAGGAUAAGGGUGAGGGCACGGGCCAGAAUUUGAUAAAAAUGGAUUCUGAACAUCUGGAUGACAAAAGUGGAUCAUUGAAAGAUGAUGGAGAGGCUGCUGAGGAAGUUGGGAAUGAUGAAUUGAAUGGAGGUGAGAAAGUUUCUGAGAUUGCUGUUAAUGGAGAAACUCAAGCUUUAAGGAGUGAGGAUGAGGCCAAUUUUAAUCGAGGAAUUGAGUCAAGCAAUGAACUGAAAAGUGAUGGAGAGUCUGCUCAGGAAGCAGAGAACAAUGAGAUGAGUGGAGGUGAGAAGGUUUCUGAGAUUGCUGGUAAUGGAGAAACUAGAGCUUUAAGGAGUGAGGAUGAGGCCAAUUUUAAUAGCGGAAUUGAUACAAGCAAGAAACUGAAAAGUGAUGGAGAGUCAUCUCAGGAAGCAGAUAACAAUGAGAUGAGUCGAGGUGAGGAGUCUUCUCAGGAAGCAGAGAACAAUGAGAUGAGUGGAGGUGAGGAGGUCUCUGAGAUUGCUGGUAAUGGAGGGACAGAGGCUUUGAAGGGUGAGGAUGAGUCCCAUUUCAAUCGAGAAAUUGAGUUGAAUAUGGAGAUUCUUCCAGAAGAUGGUAAGAGAGAGGAUCUGAAGGAGGAUAAAUUGGGUGCUGAAUAUCACGAGGCCAAUGAUUUAUUUAACAGAUCAGGUGAUCGUCAAGAUGAUAAGAGUGAAGGAUUGGAUGAGAAUCUGGAAAGAAAAGAUAUAAAACACGAGGUUGAGAAAAAUGGGAAUUUUGAAAUUGCAAUAGCGGGCCUUGAUUCUGGUAAUGAGGUAAAUAAGAGUGAACAGUUCAGGGACAUCUCAGCAGGUGUAAACAUAGAAAACCAAGAUGGUAGCAAUGGGAACUUGAAAGAUGUUUCAGCUGUUAUAGAUUCAGACCAAAAUGGGAAAGCAAGUGAACUGAAAGCUGCUUCAGCUAUCCCACUGACUGUGGAGGAAGAGAAGCUGGCACCUGAAGUUUUUUCCUCUUCUUCUUCUGAGAAUUCUGUGAUGGAGAGAAAUGAGGAGAUUCAGGCUCGUGCAUCUACUUUGCUAUCAGAGGAUAGCAAGGUUUCUGAAUCACACCAUGCUGACAACAACAUCAACAGAGCCAGCAAAAACACUGCUGUGACUGAAUCACCUCAGAAGACAGCAGAAAAGGGUCAAAAUGUCCCGGCAAAUAUAGAGCGUAAAAUUCAGCAUUUACCUGAGAUUGCAUCUUCAUCUGCAAAGUCUCUGAGUGCAGCCCCCUCACCUUCUCGUCCAGCUGGCCUCGGGCGCGCUGCACCACUAUUGGAACCUGCUCCCAGGGCAACUCCGCAACUUCGUCCUAAUGGAACUGUUUCUCAUAUGCAAUCCCAACAAAUCGAAGAUCCUAUAAAUGGGGAAUCAGAAGAGUUUGAUGAGACACGUGAAAAACUUCAGAUGAUCAGGGUGAAAUUUCUGCGGCUUGCACAUAGACUUGGGCAGACUCCCCAUAAUGUUGUUGUUGCACAGGUUUUAUACAGACUGGGAUUAGCUGAGCAGCUGCGAGGUAGAAAUGGUGGUCGUGUUGCUGGUUUUGAUCGUGCCAGUGCAAUGGCAGAGCAUCUUGAGGCUGCUGGGCAGGAACCCCUUGAUUUCUCUUGUACAAUUAUGGUUCUUGGAAAGACAGGUGUUGGUAAAAGUGCCACUAUCAACUCUAUAUUUGAUGAAGUGAAGUUUGGCACUGAUGCUUUUCAAUUGGGUACAAGAAAGGUUCAGGAUGUUGUGGGUACUGUUCAGGGGAUAAAGGUACGAGUCAUUGACACACCAGGACUUCUUCCUUCAUGGUCUGACCAGCGCCAGAAUGAGAAGAUCCUUCACUCUGUCAAGUGCUUUAUCAAGAAAACUCCUCCAGAUAUUGUGUUGUAUCUUGACAGGUUGGAUAUGCAAAGCAGGGAUUUUGGUGAUAUGCCUCUCUUGCGUACCAUCACUGACAUAUUUGGGCCAUCUAUAUGGUUCAAUGCAAUUGUUGUCCUGACUCAUGCUGCAUCAGCUCCACCUGAUGGUCCCAAUGGAACUGCUUCAAGUUAUGACAUGUUUGUCACUCAGCGUUCACAUGCUGUCCAACAAGCAAUUCGUCUGGCAGCAGGAGAUAUGCGACUCAUGAAUCCUGUUUCAUUGGUUGAGAAUCACUCAGCGUGUAGAACUAAUAGGGCAGGGCAGAGAGUGCUGCCAAAUGGUCAGGUUUGGAAGCCGCACUUGUUGCUGCUCUCUUUUGCAUCUAAGAUUCUUGCCGAGGCGAAUGCUCUUUUGAAGUUGCAAGAUAGUACACCUGCGAAGCCUUUUGCAACUCGAGCAAGAGCACCUCCUUUACCAUUCCUUCUUUCGUCUCUUCUCCAGUCAAGACCACAAGUUAAGCUUCCAGAGGAACAGUAUGGUGAUGAGGAUGGUUUAGAUGAUGAUUUAGAUGAGUCAUCAGAUUCCGAGGAUGAAUCAGAAUAUGAUGAAUUGCCACCAUUUAAAAGUUUAACAAGGGCUCAGAUUGCUAAGCUUACUAAAGUUCAGAAGAAGGCAUAUUUUGAUGAGUUGGAAUACAGAGAGAAACUUUUCAUGAAAAAGCAGUUGAAGGAGGAGAAAAGGCGACGGAAGUUGAUGGAAAAAAUGGCUGCAGCUGCUAAGGACCUGCCCAGUGAGUACGCUGAAAAUGCAGAGGAAGAAGGUGGAGCUGCAUCUGUUCCUGUUCCCAUGCCGGAUCUAGCCUUACCUGCUUCCUUUGAUUCUGAUAAUCCCACUCAUAGGUACCGUUACCUCGAUACCUCCAACCAGUGGCUUGUGAGGCCAGUUCUAGAAACUCAUGGUUGGGACCAUGAUGUUGGUUACGAAGGUAUAAAUGUGGAGAGAUUGUUUGUGGUUAAAGACAAAAUCCCUAUAUCGUUUUCUGGCCAGGUAACAAAGGACAAGAAGGAUGCCAAUGUUCAAAUGGAAUUAGCAAGUUCUUUAAAGUAUGGAGAGGGAAAAGCAACCUCACUGGGGUUUGAUAUGCAGACCGUGGGAAAAGACUUGGCCUAUACUUUACGCAGUGAGACUAGGUUCAGUAAUUUUAGGAAAAAUAAGGCUACAGCUGGUCUAUCGGUUACUCUGUUGGGUGAUGUCUUAUCAGCUGGAGUGAAAGUCGAGGAUAAAUUGAUUGCUGGUAAACGGUUCCAAAUGGUAAUGUCUGGUGGUGCAAUGGCUGGUCGUGGUGAUGUGGCUUAUGGUGGCAGUCUGGAGGUCCAGCUGAGGGACAAAGAUUAUCCUCUUGGUCGUUCAUUAUCAACACUAGGGCUUUCCGUCAUGGACUGGCAUGGAGAUCUCGCUAUUGGCUGCAAUGUACAAUCCCAGAUUCCUAUAGGACGAUCCACAAAUUUGAUUGGUCGUGCAAAUUUAAAUAACAGGGGAGCUGGACAAAUCAGUAUUCGCGUAAAUAGCUCAGAACAGCUUCAACUUGCUUUGAUUAGCCUCUUUCCUCUAUUGAAGAAGCUCAUUGAUUAUUCUCAACAAAUGCAAUAUGGACAAUGAAGAAAAUUGUAGGUUAUACUUGCCAGGAAACUUUUGAUGUCGCCAUCUUGUGAUGGUCAUCAAGGAAUGCGAGUGAAGUUGAGCUGCAUAUUGUUCCUCUCCCCCCCUUCUCUUUUUGUUUAGUCAGAUGACAACAAUAUUUUGCUUGGUAUUAGUGGUUGUAAUUUCUUUGUUAGAUAUUUUCAUAAAGUGGUUUUUCUUCUUAUCAAGCCACUGGGGCUCAUCAUUGCUUCUAGUUCAACCAUGCCUGGUUCUAGAAUCUUUAGCACUUUGUGCUGUUGAAAUAGAUCUGCACUGUACCAAUCUU